AUGAAGUUCUUUAUUCAUGAAGCUAUCCUCUCCUAUGUUUCGCAGUUUUUCAAAGACAUGUUCACACUGCCCCAAGCUACUCCCGGAGAGUCCUCCAUUUCGAUGGCUGAGGAUAGCAAAACCGUCGACAAAAUCCUUCGUUCUGUCGUUAUGGUUAUGAUAAAAAAAUUCCUCAUGGAUGAUGUUGCUAAGAAGGCUCGGGAUCAACUCCUCUCGCACACGGAAUCAGAGCCGUUGCGCGUCUUCGCUAUCGUCUACGCCAUCCAAUGGAGCCGAGAGGCCAAUGAUGCGGCAAAUGCGGCCCUGGCGGUCGGCAGCACCAUAUUCUAUGUAUACAACAUACCGGAACUUGAUUUUGUUCCUGGAACAGUUCUCUACGACCUCUUCGAAGUUCAGGACAGACGUCACCAGUCUCUACAGGAUUCUGCAAAUCCAGAGACUUAUUCGCACGCCUUCAGGACUAUUUUUCUGGUCGUUGCAACAUACACGAUGUCCCUUCUCGUCGAUUAUCCGGUCUGUUGAACAAGAAGUGGUUCAUUGACUACUGCGCCACUCUUGAACUGGCAUUUCGACCGUGUGCGUCUUACGAUACCUUGGACUUAGAUCAGCCUAGAGCUCGAACACGCGCUCUUUGAACCGUCCUUGAGUGUCGCUAUUGUUCUGAAGGAUAUGUCUCAAAGGUAAUCUUUGACGUAUUUAUACCCGAAGGAAGGAAGGAAGUAGAUUUUAUUGUCAUUGAUCGACUGAAGAGCGAUCUAAAUGA